AUGUUCUGGUCUGAAGGGUCUAGUAUUAUUAUAGAUCGUAAGAAUCCAGUGACUGUGGCUACAACUACAAAAGAAAUAUUUGCUGACCCUAAGCCUUGCCUUAGUUUUAAUAAAAAUGACACACCAGUAGUUAUAAACAUAGAAUAUCCAGAACUCAAUGUCGAGGUGCAAGAGAUAUCAAACGAUCCAACUACGGACACAGAAAUGAAAAUAACCAACAAUGAAACUGCUAAUACAAGGGGCAUUACAAAAACAAAAGACAGGAAAAAGGGCUUGCAAAAUAGAAGAGAAGAUAUACAGCAAACAAUCGUAAAAAGCAAUACAGAUUUUAAAAAAAGACAACUAGAAAUGAUGGAAGAGGAACAUAAAUACAACAUUAAAAUAGCCAAAUUAAAAAUUAAAAAAUUAGAAUUACAAAUAUCUUUGUUAGAAAGUCAAAAAAAUACAAGUUAA